UCUCGUAUACACUGGGCUGCAUACGCUUCUUACUCUCCUUGUAUUGAUACCCUGCUGGCCACCUCCAUCAUUUUGACUUUCAAUAACGAUAUUCUUAAACGAGCAUGCUGUUGAAUCCACGAGCAUAUGUCUUCAUCGGCCUCAAUGUGCUCCGCAUCACCAGUAUUCUUGCGAUGCUACUUGUCUUCGCAAGCAGCAUAUUCGUGAUGGUGAAGGAUGUGGAGGCAUAUAAUGACUUCCAAUCGGGCAACAGCACCAGUGCGACAGACUGCGACUAUAUCCCAGACAGCGACGUCCCCAACCAGACGUUCGGCAUCUUCUUCGCAGUGAUCAACCGGAUUCUCAUCAUCUUUGAGGUCAACAUGCUCAUCCUCUCAGAGGUUGGCUGGCCCGCCGUCUUCUUCGACCGGUUCUUCCCCGUGCUAGGCUGCGAUUUCGGCGUUGGCCCGCUCGGGCUCUUCCAGUGCCUCAUUGGCGCGAUGAUCCUCUCGCACCACGUCGACGACUUCACGCUCGUCGCCGCGUUCUUCAUGUUCGCCGUGGGCUGCGUGAAUAUGCUAGCGGGGUUGAUCUUCCGCGAGAAGGUCAGGAUCAGACGGUCGAUUCUUGCGUGGCGCGAACGGGCGAAGGACAUCCUCCCUACGCACAAGCUCCCGCCACAGCUGGCUCGGCCGGUUGAGGGCUUCGUUGAGAACGUCUUCAGCAGCAAAGGCGAAGGAGAGAAGACACACGAGAUCAACCUUCAGGGGCUGAAGGCUGGAUUCGGAUUUGGAAGGCAGGGUGAGAAGAAGGCUCAACUGAAGGGAUUUCUGAUAUCCAGACCGCUGGAGACAUUACCGCGCUAUGCACCUGCGCCUGCACCACAAACUCAACGACCAGCAAGCUCUCGCAGUAGUUCUCACGGUAGUUCUCGCGCAGGCUCGCCAGAACCCCAAUUCAAGUCCAGCAAGUACGCGAUUUGAUGAUGAUGCACGUACAUUGUUUUGUUAGCAACAAUCAUUCAUGAAACGUCACGUCAGACGCCGGACCUUGGGACAUUCGCAUACUUUAGACACUGCCAGCUAUAAUGCAGAUGAAGACCACCGGGAGUGGCAUGACCAUAGUGUAGCCAUAGUUCGUCGGCAGAUUUGAUUGUACUAUUGAUACAAUAAAUUCUUUCAUUCAAUGCAUGAGACCUGAUCCAAGGCAAACUUCGCAAACGUUUGUAUCCUUUAUGAGGGACAGUG